AAGAAAACCAAAGAAACCAAACCAUGGCCGACGACGACCGUCCCAAGCCCAGCUUCUUUGCCGGCAUUGCUGCAUUCAACCGCAAAGCGUCCUUGAAAAAGGCAGUGACCCAAGUGACAAAGCGAGAUGGAAGCGUUGUGGAAGAGACUUUGGCCGACGAUGGUUCCUAUCUGCGAGCAACCAAGAACGACGGCGAAGCAAAGGACAUGUCCUAUUUGGAGCGCAGUGCAUCUCCUCCUCCCUCCGACAGCGGCAAGAACCAGGAGAGACCCAACAAUAAUGUGCCUUUGAAUCCCGAUGCAGCUUGGCGAACCAUUGCCUCAGAGCAGCAAUUCCUGCCAGUGCCCACCGUGUCUACCAAGGACAGUCUCUGGAAAAAGUCGAAACACGGCAGCAAUAAUUGCACUCGCAUUGUCUGCAUGAGCGACACGCAUGGACAACACCGCGAUAUUUCGGUACCCAAGGGUGACAUUUUGAUUCACGGUGGAGAUUUCACCAGCACGGGAGAGAUCAAACACAUCAAGGACAUGCUACGGUACUUUGAAGAGUUGGCGUUUCCAGUGACGGUUUGUAUUGCAGGGAAUCACGACAUGACAUUGGAUUUGCCCUAUUAUGAUCGUAGCUGGAGACGCUUUCAUCGCAAAAAGCGAUUCAAUGCAGAAGAAGGACGACAAGCCGUGAUGAACAUGAUGAACGACACUACGACAACCAACACAGACAAAACCAAACAGGGCAAGAAGCCAGAAUUCUAUUACUUGGAAGACUCCUCGUGUACUGUUCCCAUUGGCAGCGCCAAAGAGGACGACGACGAUUUGACAAGCCAACCGACACAACAGCAAAAGGAGGGCGACCACGACAGCCAAAAAAAGGUGAAAUUCAACCCCUCCGUUGUGGUCCACAAACAGCCAAAGACACUUUCCAUCUACGGUUCGCCCUGGAGUCCAGAAUUCUAUGAUUGGGCCUUCAAUGUCGCUCGCGGUGAGCCCUCCUGGAAAAUUUGGUCGAAAAUUCCCUCGGGCACGGACAUUCUGGUGACUCACGGCCCGCCCUUGGGGCGAGGCGAUCAAUGCGAUCACGGCGGCCGUGCGGGUUGUUACGAUCUGUUGGAGCAGGUUCAAAAUCGUGUCCGUCCCCGGCUGCAUAUAUUCGGGCAUAUCCAUGAGGGAUACGGCACUUCUUUCGACGGAACCACCCUCUACAUUAACGCAUCCAACUUGGAUUUGGGGUAUGACAGCGUGCAUCCGUGCACUGUGGUGGAUCUACCACACGAUCCGGCCUUGCCACCACGAAUCGUCGAGCCCAGUUGUUCCAUCACGGGAGAUGAUUUGGUCAAUGGCUGGUUCCGUGACAAAGGAUAUGAAAUCUUGGCGGAUGUUUUGCGAGAUUCGGGAUGUGAGGGCCAGAAUCUUCCAUCGGGCGACGAACUAUUGAAUACUGCCGAAGCCUAUUGGGAGAUUUGCCGGCAGCUCGAUUUCCGCACCACCACCAGCUUGCAAGCCAAGAGAGAGCUGCGCAAGGCCCUGUCACAGCUCUACGCUGCGUCGUUCUGAACCGAGCACGCGCCAUGAAACAGAGACAUGACGUGUCAAACUCGAUGUGAACCAUAUUCGAGGUGGCGUGGUUCAA